CCGGGCCGGAAGUGCUGCUCUGAGCGGUUCUCGGAAAGGCGGCGGCGCUGGCGGAGCUGCUUCCGCCAUGGAGAGCCCGGGCUCGGGCUCGUGGGCUGUAGGGCGGCUGCUAACGGAGGACGAGAUGGCCGAAGUGAAGAAGGAUGCUUUAGAAAGGAUGCGUCCUUACCUAUGUGAUAAAAUCAUAGCUGAGAGACACUUUGAUUACCUACGUUCAAAGAAAAUACUCACUAGAGAGGACACAGAAGAAAUUUCAUCUCGAUCUUCCAGCAGGAAAAAAACUGGAAAGUUACUGGACUACUUAGCAGAAAACCCAAAGGGACUAGAUGCUUUGAUUGAAUCUAUCAGACGAGAAAGAACACAAAACUUCCUCUUAGAAAAGAUAACUGAUGUAGUGUUGAAAGUCAAGAAUGAAAAACUUGAAGCUAUCAAAAGUCUAAGCUGCAGCACCUGUAUGACUUCACUCUAUGGAGGAACAAAUAAUCUUUCUAGGUCAUAUUCUGAUGAAUCUAAUAUUUUUGAUAAAAAAAAAGACAAAGAAUCUACCCAGAUACAUCAUCCAGAAGAAGAUUAUAGCACCGCUGCCUUUGUGUCUGCUGUCUCUCUUCAUUCAGUGAAUUUGUCAGUAGCAGAGAUGAGAAAUGCAGAGAGUGCUGUUUUUUCAGCCACACUUCCAGGGCCUGGAGAGCCUGGUGCUCCCCCUCUCCCGCCAGAGCUCCAGUCAGAGCAGCAAGAGCCAUGUACAAGCUCAAGUGACAAUAUCUUUUUGCCUUUAAGAUCACGUUCUCUUCAACCACAGUGAACAUAGUGACUUUGGUCUGUUCUUCAAAAUGGUACUGAAACUUUGUGUGAUGUAAAAAAGGUUAAAAAAAGUUUUCACGCUUCUAACCAGCAAAAUCAGUCAGAGGAAACAAUCUGUGCUAUUUAUUGUUUUUAAGGAGUAACUGUUUUUGUAACUAGGUGACUCUCGAGCUGCCUGAUUUUAUGUUCUUUGAAAGAAGUAUUUUCAAAAGGCCAUGGCAUUAUUCCACCACAGAUUUAUUUUUUAAACCAACUUAUUUAAUAUUUCAUGUUUAGUUGCAGAUACUUAAGCUGCAGAUACGCAAAAUAUGUGUCAUUUUGUAGUUUUGUUUCUUCCUACAGGAACUAACCCAUCUACUUUUCUUAAUGUUUUUGUGAUGAGUGAAUUGGGAAAAAUUAGGAAAAGUUAGAAAAAAUUAGGAAAAGUAUUGAAAAAUAACUGUCCAAACCAAAAGCUUAUUACCAGGAAUCUAAUUUACAAAAUUAGAUGUGUCUCAUUAGGACAGAUAACACCCUCUAUGUAUGCAUGUGCAGCUCCAUUUAAAAACAAAUAAAUAAAUUCCAAAUCUGGCCAAAUCAGUAGCUAUGCAUAUUUGUAAGAAAUCUCUCAAAUGUCUGAACUUUUUCCUACUAGCAAAUCAUAAGGGGUUUCAGUAUCACAGUGAUUUGAGUUAGUAAAUACACUUCCAUGAGACUUAGUACAUUAUUCUCGUAUAUUUCUGAUUUGAGAUGCACUUUAAAUUCUUAUUAGUACUGGAGAAGGAAUGUAAAGUGCUGUAACAGCAUCAUGUGGGCUGCAAGAAAAUGUUACUGUAUAAUGCUAUUAAGGAGCAAAGCUUGUGUGUUUUGUCCCAGUCUGCAAGUAGAGGAGGAGUACUGUAGCAAGACAGUAUCCAUACCUGAAAGACUCAGAAACGUUGCACUUCAGAUACCUAUUCUUUACAUUUCAAGUUGUCUAGAACCAAAGGCAUUUUAAACUAUUUCAACAUGGGGAAAGUUCUCAUUUUUUGACACAAUGUAACAUGCUGUAGUCCUCUCACACUCUACUCUUAAGUUGUUACCUACUUUUUAUGAAGUUGGCCUAUGAUCACUAUAAAAUUACUACACAAAGAAACUCUUACUUGGAAAUGUGUACAGUUGUGUUCUGCAGUACUAUAAAGUCACGAGGUGUUUUCAGUAUAUCAAAGAGUAGGUUCAUAUUUAAGGCUUUAAAUUAUUUUGGCUCUGACAGUGCUAUAGCCAUGUAAUUCCAUUUAAAUUCAAACCCAGGUACUAUUCAUAAACUGUUCUCCUAUUGUGGAAACAGGCCAUCUUUGGGACCUCAAUAUAUUUCAUGUUUACUAUGAUUUUCAAACUAGGUUAAGAUAAACUGCAAUGUCCAAUUACACUUCAUGUUUAGAAUGUGAUCAGCUUACAUUUGGUAAAGCUGUGGAGUUCUGUUUAGUGUUUAUACAAAGCCUUGUUUUUAUUGUAUCCUUCUAAAGUCCUACACUGUCAGGAUAGUGAAAAUGCUUUUCUGUAAAACUGCUUGGUUCAGAAGGUACUCUGUAAGAUAAGUGCCUAAGUAUGCAAGCAAGAUUUUGCUCUUUAACGUGAAAUUAAGGGUAGGCUUAACUCCUUCUCUUCCAUUAACUUGAGCUGCACAUUUUCAGGAUGAAUAAACAUCAAUUUAUCUAAAUACCCACUGCAACCACUUAAAAGAGUUGUGCUUCAGAUUGGCUCCCUUCUUGGAUUCUUGGAGGAGACUGAGCAAGCUUAACUGACUAGGAGCAGCAAGCUCAGGUUGAAGACUGCCUUGCAGACUGAACACAAGAGAUGGGAAGACUACCUGUGCUGGGAUCAUUCCUGCAGUGGAGCAGAUGCACCUGAGAUUUUACUUGAAUGUAUUAGCUCACCAAAUGUUUAUAACGUGCAUUUUUUACAAAUCUGAAAUAUUUUUGUCACAUUUUGGAAUAAAUUCUUUUGUAUAAUUG